UCAGUUGAGAGGCGAAGCCGAAUAGGAACGAUCCAGUGUGCUCUUGCCCGGUGCACAGCAUCUCAUGCUGCUUUCAUAGUUCAUCGUCUUCGUCAUCGGCGGAGAAAUCUGUAACAGAAGCACCGAGGAACAAAUGGAAGAUUUUGAGAAGAAAGUGUCCAUAACAGACACAAUGGACUCUGAACCUGAGACCACCACCACCCCCACCACCGCUUCCUCUCAAGUCCUACACUUGCUCCGCCGAUUCCUCGCCGUUCAGCAGCGCAGAGCCGAAGCUUAUGCCAAACUCAAAAGAGGUUUUGCUGAGUACGUGGCUUCAGGUGGGGAGGUGGCUUACCAACAGCUAUGCAGCGAGAUCACUGCAGAGUUCAAUGAUUGCUCUAAACAAGUUAUCGAAAUGGAGUCCUUAUUUAUGACUCCUGAUUACUGCCGAGUCGAUUUAGCUCAGAUGCUAAGGGCGGUCCAAGUGCAGGAAAAGCAGAAAUUGCAUCUGACUGCUACCAUUCAAGUGCUUAAGAAAGCUCGUCGUCCUUCAGGACGUCUUGUUAGCCAUGAGAACUGCACAUUCAAGGAGGCAAUGCAACAUGAAUGCGUGCAUCUUCAUGAGAUAACGGAAGCCGAAGGAACAGAAGAGGCAGAGGCAGAUGCCGAGUAUGACAAUGCUCUUAAUAUAGCCAUCAGAGGAGUCCAGGAUGCUGUAACCACCAUAAACGAACAUCUGGAAGAAGUCAGGUACGAAAUUGCUGCACUAGAAGCCCAGUGAGUUGGCAAAUUCAGCUCCCUACAUGUGGCAUUGCUAGCAAGACUACUGAAUAAUUUUAUGGUGUAUGAUGCUUUUGCGCGGGAAUCUCAUUGCUUCACUAACUCCAUGUACAUCCACAAGUACUCUCUUUUUUUGCCUUUUUUUCUCUAUGGAUAACUUUGUAACUUAUUAUCCAAGAGGUGUAAUGGCAAAGUGGUUUUUUUGACUAAUUGGUCAACUUCUUCUGGUGUUACAAAAAUGAAGCUUUGUUGAA